CGAAGGAGGUUUUUGCGUUGGAUCUGGGUGUUAAUUGGGAUAUUCUCUGUUGUGGGAUUGGUUUUGAUCAUAGUGCAACAAAAUUACCAUGAAGAUCGGAUUGAGCAGCCAGUUCUGGAUCAAAGAUCAGGAGUGGAGAAGGUUGUUCGUGAGAGUUUUAAUUUUACUGAAGAGAUAUUGAGUUCUAGCUCAUAUUCUCGGCAGUUGGCAGAACAAAUGACACUUGCCAAGGCUUAUGUCAUAAUUGCAAAAGAGCACAAUAAUCUUCACCUGGCUUGGGAACUUAGUUCAAAGAUAAGAAGCUGCCAGCUUUUGCUCUCAGAAGCUGCAAAGAGAGGACAGCCCAUUACACUAGAUGAAGCAGAGCCUAUAAUUAGAACAACCGUUCAGAGUACAGUGUUUGGACAAUUGGCAGCUGAAGCACUACCAAAGAGCCUCAACUGUGUAAUAGUCAAGCUCACAGCUCAUUGGCUUAAAAAGCUGACCCUUCAAGAACUUGCAAAUGAGAGGAGAAACUCUCCUAGACUUGUGGAUAACAAUCUCUACCACUUUUGCAUAUUUUCAGAUAAUAUCCUGGCUACCUCUGUAGUGGUAAAUUCUACAGUUUCCAAUGCUGAUCAUCCAACACAGAUUGUCUUCCAUAUUGUCACAAAUGGAGUCAGCUAUGGAGCUAUGCAGGCUUGGUUCCUUACCAAUGGCUUCAAGGGGUCCACUAUAGAAGUGCAGAACAUAGAGGAGUUUUCUUGGCUGAAUGUUUCUUAUUCUCCUAUAGUAAAACAGCUGCGCAAUGCAGAUUCACAAGCCUACUAUUUCAGAGAAAAUCAAGACUUGAAGGUUGAGCCCAAGCUGCAGAACCCAAAGCAUCUAUCCUUGCUUAAUCAUCUUCGGUUUUACAUCCCAGAGAUAUAUCCACAGCUUGAGAAGAUAGUGUUUCUUGAUGAUGAUGUUGUUGUCCAGAAAGAUCUGACACCACUUUUUUCAUUGGAUCUUCAUGGAAAUGUAAAUGGAGCAGUGGAAACUUGUCUUGAAGCAUUCCAUCGAUAUUACAAAUAUCUCAAUUUCUCAAAUCCAAUUAUCAGCUCGAAGAUUGAUCCUCAAGCAUGUGGAUGGGCAUUUGGCAUGAAUGCUUUUGAUCUGAUUGCUUGGAAGAAAGCAAAUGUGACUGCAUGGUAUCAUUACUGGCAGGAGCAAAAUGCUGAUAGAACACUGUGGAAACUGGGAACUCUUCCUGCUGGCCUUCUUGCUUUUUAUGGACUAACAGAACCACUUGAUCGGAGAUGGCAUGUGUUAGGAUUAGGUUAUGAUCUGAACAUUGACAACCGUCUGAUUGAGAGUGCUGCUGUUGUUCACUUCAAUGGAAACAUGAAGCCAUGGCUAAAAUUGGCUAUUGGAAGGUAUAAGCCUUUAUGGGAAAGGUACAUAAAUCAGAGCCACCCAUAUCUCCAAUAUUGUAUCACAAGUUAGAAUGGCAUAUAGAUGAUCUAAUGAGAGCUUCAUUACUCUUAGACACUGUCACAAGUUAAAAUGGGCUACUUCUUGAUUAGCAGUGAAUUAAGGGCACUUCUAAAUUUUAAACCCACAACCUCUGCUUGCUCCUGUAGACUGUAGAGUCAAAAGUAGGAGAUUUUGAGUUUGCUAGGAGAUUUUAUCUUCUUCUUUACCUUUGAUAAUUUAAAUUUAUUUCCUUUACAUCAUAGUGUCUUUGAAAGGAAAAGAUGAUUUUUAUACAAAAGGAAAUUUAUAUCUACUAGGUGAAGUAAUGGGAGGAAUUCAUUUUUUGGCAAAUGGAGUUAUCUUAUCCACUCAUGCAGACUGUAGAAUUCUUUGUUCUUUGAUCAAUUUUUGUAAUAAUCUCUAAAAUCUUUUCAGCUUAUGUAUUGCACUUGCACCCAUGUAAUUUUCUUACCCUUGUUGCUUUGGAUAUUUGAAGACCGCGCACACUUUUCUGAAUCAUAUAUAUACCUUGUUAUCGUGAACUCAACCCAUGGUUCAGAUGAGAUCUAAUUGAUUGCAUGAUAGACUGUUGAAAUGUGAGAUUUGUGUAUUGCUUGAUUGCUUCAAAGGGCUUAAGUGAAAUAAUAAAAAGGGCUAAACUGAGCCUAUGCAGGGUUCAUGUAAUUGAUUCCCUCACAUAAUAUUAGUAAUGGAGUAUAAGAGACUUAAAUCUAUCAUCAAAAGAUCCAAUGCAAAUGCCAAUGGAUUAAGUAGGUCAAUGAAAAUUUCUUUUCGAU